UGCUCGGUAGACUGCAGAACCUACGUGAGUUGGAUCUCUAUGGCAACCAACUCGAUGAAAGUCUUCCUUUAUCUCUGCAGAAACUAGUUUCUCUUCAAUAUUUAGAUCUUUCUAAUAACCUGAUGAAGGGUAAUAUUCCUGCAUGCGUCUUUGCAGGUCUUGUUUCACUUCAGCAUCUAGAUCUUUCUCACAACCUAUUUGAUGGACAUUUCUCAUUUUUCUGGUUUGGUAAUCUUUCAAGGCUAGAAUAUAUCGACUUGUCAAACAAUGAGGAGUUAUUUAUACAUCUUGACAGUGGGAAGUUUGUUCCCCCCUUCCAGCUACAGACCCUUAUGUUGUCCCAUUGUAACCUUGAUGCGAACAUCCUUGCAGCACCAGCUUUUCUUGCUUCUCAAUCCAACUUACAAUUUCUAGAUCUUUCCGACAGUAACUUGAUAGGAAAAUUUCCAAAUUGGUUGCUCGAAAAUCUAAUCGUACUAACAUAUCUCAACUUGAUAAAUAACUCAAUAGUGGGUGCAUUUCAUUUUCCGAAUCUUCUGAAUACAAGCAUAUCGACAGUUGAUCUCUCUAUGAAUUUCCCCAGUGGAUCGAUUCCUACAGACCUCGGCACAAUAUUUCCAAAUAUGGCGGCCCUAAAUUUAUCCUCCAAUUAUCUAAUUGGAAAUAUCCCUUCAUCAUUGGGUAACAUGAGUAAUUUGCAAAUGUUGGAUUUGUCCAAUAAUAAUUUGUCCGGUGCAGUACCAAAUAGCCUGAUGAUUGAUUGCAUUGAACUGAGGCUCUUGAAGCUUUCCAACAACAACUUUACUGGAACGUUUCCAAGCAAUUUGUCAGACUACCGGCAAUUAUUGACAUUGGAAGUCCAAAAUAACCAAUUGUCGGGUACAAUUCCAGAGAGUAUAGGAGUUGAUUCAUAUAUGGAGAUCCUUAACCUUGCAGGAAAUCAAUUCCAUGGCCAAAUACCAUCUCAUUUAUGUAAUCUAACAUAUCUUCAAUUGUUAGACUUAUCCAAUAAUAGCUUCUUCGGGUCAUUACCCCCUUGCUUCCAAUUCGCGUGGAUCAGUCUUGCCGGGAAUGCUUUAACAGGAAAAGUUCCAAGUAGUUAUUUCAAUAUUUCAUCCCUUAAAGCAUUGGAUGCCAGCAAUAACCAGCUUUCAGGUAAACUGCCAAGACAGAUAGGAGAAAAUAUGUCUUUGGAGAUUCUUGUUCUUAGUGGAAAUUCACUUGAAGGCUCAAUACCACUUGAGUUAUUCAAGCUACAGUCUUUAUGCAUUCUGGACCUUUCGCAAAACAAUCUUUCAGGAAGAUUGUCUGAGGUUGUUGUCAUUGGUAUUCAGUCAUCCCUUUAUUCGGGUGGGGAUGUUUUCUUAUAUAACAUAAUGAUGGUGGACAUCAUCACCAAAGGCAACUUAUAUGCCUACUCAACAGAUCAUUUGCUUUUGAUGUCUGGAAUUGAUUUGUCUGCAAAUAAGUUGACAGGAAGCAUCCCACCUGAAAUUGGAAAUCUAGAUGAGCUUGUACAAUUGAAUAUAUCAUGCAAUCAGCUAAUAGGUCCAAUCCCUGAAACUUUCUCAAAACUCAAUCAGAUUAAGAGCUUGGACCUAUCAUACAAUCAGUUGAGUGGUACAAUACCCCGGCAAUUGACUCAACUCAAGUUCUUGGAGGUCUUCUCAAUUGCUUACAAUAACUUUUCUGGACGUACACCGGAUUUCAAAGACCAAUUUGGCACAUUCGACAAGAGUAGCUAUGAAGGUAAUGUUAGAUUACAUGGGCCGCCACUGGAGAAGACCUGCACAUCUGCCUCAACCCCAAUUAUGCCUCCCCAAGUAGAAGAAAACCAAGAAGAUAGUAAUGUGGAGGAUGAUGCCAUCUUCUUUGCAAUACUUGCAGCAUCAUUUGCGGCUGGCUUCUGGGGUUGCAUUGCCUUUUUGUCAUGUCAUCACACUGGGCUGCACAUUCGCAGUAUAAUGGAUGGUUACGUGGACUCCUUGACUGAAAGAAUAUUAAUGGCGGCCCAUAAGAGAAACCGCAUGCAGCGGCGUCGCAGGUGA